GCUGUAAUCCACCCAUGGAUGAAGUUCUCCAUCAAAGCUUGGAUUCGUAUUUAAACUAUAAAGCACCCUUCUCGGCCUUCUUCCACUCGCACCUUUUUUGCUCAAGUCCAAUUGUCUCUUCUGUUUUCAAUUGACCGCCAAAAGAAGUCUUUACAAUGGUUCGCCCAUUAUUAUUUCUUGCUUCUCUGCUUCCAAUUGUCACAGCAAGCUGGAGUAUCAAUAACGAGGCGGAUAGACAUGCUUGUCAAAAACACUCAAAAAAUCCGUUGGAAGGUUGUGAUUUGCAAAAGACGAAAUAUGUAGAUUUCACCGGCGAUAAUUCGAGUUUCAAGACAGUGCAGUCUGCUGUGGCAAGUUUGCCAAAUAAUACUGAUACAUAUGUUAUCCUUAUUGCAUCCGGAAACUAUACAGAGCAGGUCAACGUCACUCGUCGUGGUCCCACAUAUCUGCUCGGACAAACCGAAAAUCCUCAAAACCAAUCUGCGAACACCGUCAAUAUUAUCUGGAAGGCGGUUGCUGGUACUGGGGAUAAUGCUUACACAUCCACUUUGACCGUUGCACCGAAUCUCAAUGCAUCAUUGACUGGAAGUGGAGCGACUGGAUUUGCUGUCCCACCAGGAACACCAUUUGGAUGCACGGAUUUUAGAACAUACAAUCUGAAUCUCAUCAAUGAUUUCAUGCCAUACACUGAUGGACCUUCCCUUGCAUUGAGCAUAAGUUAUGCAAACGGUGGCUUCUACUACACCGGCUUCUAUAGCUACCAAGAUACUGUUUACGUAGGAAAACUAUCCAACUCCUACAUGUCUCAAUCUGUUGUCGCCGGUCAGACCGAUUUCUUCUACGGCUUCGGAACUCUCUGGGUCACUAACACACAAAUCUUACUUCGAUCGUGUGGUGGAGGAAUUACUGCGUGGAAAGGAACCAACACAACUUUCGAGAACAAAUAUGGAGUGUAUAUUGUAGAUUCAACUGUACAGAAAGCAAAUAGCAGCUUAAGCAUCCAAGGAAAAUGUCCACUUGGUAGACCUUGGAAUGCACAAAUGCGAUCUAUCUUCGCCCGUACCUACCUCGACGAUUCGAUUCUCCCCGCAGGUUUUAUCGACUGGUCUCCUGCCCGCUACAAUGCCAACAAUGGUAACUACAGCACCACCCAAGCUGAAUACAAGAAUUAUGGCCCGGGAUACAAUGCAACUGCACGAGCCCUUGCGUUGUUCGAUGUCCAAUACAAUGACAGCCAGUGGGCUCCUUACAGUAGUCCAGCGAAAGUUUUCCAGGAUCCUGAAGGAAAAUUCGGGGAUGUGAGCUGGGUAGAUUUCAACGUUUAGUUUAAUUGGCCAGGAGAGAGAUCGAGUUACAUGAUGGAAGUAUAUGUAAUGUUAAGUAAAGAAUUGUCGAUUUAAUAAAAGCUGUUUCUGUAGAGUAUGGAGGUAUAUUUUAUGAUCCAACUGUUGGUUGCUUGCUCACCCUUACUUAGCACCGCUAAGUGGCAUAACUACCAGAAAAAUAUCAGAAUCUCGAUUGAGAUCUAAAAAUCAAUCGGAUU